CUAAUUGAAUUUACAAAAGAUGAGGUCAUAAUUAUGUAUUCAGAUAAAACCAAAAGAUCUUUUAAUUUUCAAAUUGUAGAAUCAAGUAAAAAUAUGAUGGAUCUUAAAAGUAAGGCAGCUAACAAACUAGAUAUGGUACUUGAGGCUAAGAAGGAGGAUAGCAAAAAAAGUAAUAAUAAAGAAGAAGAUGCCAAUAUGAUAGAGAAUGACUAUGAAGAGGAAGUUGAUAAAAUGUAUAAAGGAAAGAUGAACAAUAAAGCUGAAGAGGA